AUGUUAUUAUCACAACACAUCUAUGAGUUCUACUACACCUACACAUAUGAUGAUCAUGAUGAUGUCAUUCAAGUAACCAUUGGAGAUAGUCGUCAUGCAAUUUGUCUCUCUAUUCAAGCUCUUAGGGAUGCAGUUUGUCUUCCAAAUUUGGUUAACUUCUCAUAUCCUCCUUCUGAGAAACAAUAUUAUGAUGGUUACGCCUCUGUAUCCCUUGAUCAAUAUGAAGAAGGAUUUCUAGAAGUUGGCUUUCUUGGUAAUUAUGAUGGUAAUUAUGAAAAAAGGGGGAGAAUUCAAAAAGUCUCCGCCUCAGGGGGGCAACAUGUCAACAAUGACAUUGGCACACCCCGUUCUGACGACGAAAACGUUGGGUUGCACGACGUUUAG